AAAAGAAACAGCCCAGAGCACCCAUUUGAGCUUUACGGACCUCGGCUACAAUGGUCGUUCAGUGUUGGCGGCGAUGGCCCUGAGAUGACACAAAGCAUUUGAUUCAAAUGACAGUUUUUGCAGUCACAUCAGAUAGCGGUCAUCGUUUUUUAUAAACAAAAGACUAGUGUUGCACGAAGUGUUUUUUGUUUUUGUUUGUUUUUUGUUGUUGUAAUUUUAACCGAAGUGACUUCCGCCGUACUACGGUUGUAUCUGUUGCCACACCUGAGACGCGUCUUCCUUACCUCAUACCUGAGAUAGCGCCUCCCUUUGCUCUCUCUUUCUCUCUCUGGGUGGGGUACCAAAACACCAGGUGAUCGCGAGAUCUCGGGGGCGCACAAUGGUGAUUCACUGAGAGGUUUAAUUUUCGGUUUUACUGUAAAAACAAAACAGAACGAGAACUGCCACACAAGUUGACAUGAGCCAGCCGUCAAGACCGCACAGAGGGCAGCGAGACAGGAACGGUGACGCCCGGGAACACAGGGACCGGAGGGACCCGCACAAUGGACGUCCGCCGUCGAGUGAGAGGUCCUCCACCCAGCCCCCGUACUACCCCCGGAGGAGCUCCACCCCCCCUCCCAGACAUCACCGGGGCACCGCCAGAGAGGAACCCCAGGAGUCCAAAUGCGCUCACAUCUGCUCCAGGAGAGGCAUCAUGCUGAUCUGCGCAGUCCUGACCAACGCGCUGGUGCUGAUCUGCGUGGUGGCGGCGCAGAUGGUGAUGUCGGGCAUGUCGGCCAUGGGCGGCCUGGCGGCGGGCGGCUUCGACAUCAACUCGGCCUACACGCCCUUCGAGGGCACGGAGCUGCAGCAGGUGCGCGACCUGGACAUGCAGUACAGCCAGAUGAGGGCGCCGGGCAUCUACGGGGGCGUGGCCUUCAGCCUGACCAUGGGCGUGACCUCGCUGCUCUUCGUGGUGUCGGGGAACAGACCCGCCCACCGGCUGUCGCCCAAACUGCUGGUGGCGCAGUUCGUGUUCCAGCUGGUGGGCGCCGUGGCCUACGUGGUGGCCGUGGGGCUCUACCUGCACUUCGUCAUCACGGUCAACGCCACCGACGUGUGCAAGAAGCGCGAGCGGCUGUACGCCCGCCAGGGCUACACCUGGAUGAACUGCGACGUGGGCGGGGCCGACGCCGCCGUGGCGCUCUUCAGCCUCAUCACCGCCAUCCUCUUCGCCGCCGGCUGCGUGCUCACGGGCCAGACCAUCCGCGGCAUCCGCCGGUACCGGCAGGAUAAGGAGCGCUACGAGGCCGGCCGGCGGGGCCAGGAGAACCCCCUGCGGAACCAGGAGAGCGCGCCGCGGCCCGCCAACCCCCAGAGGGCGCCACUGAGGUCCGACGACAUCUCCAUCUGACCCGGGACGCCGUCGCCGAAAUUUCCUGAAAAGUGACUUUUAUUUUCUGAAAAAAGUGACUGUGUCUUUGUGCCUCAUUUUUAAAAACCGUUCACUGUAUGAAUUUUAAGACUCUUUUUUUUUUUCCUCCCCCACCUUGCAGCUGGGAGACUGGAAAUGACCUGUAGACAUUUUCCCUUCCCUGUGAGAUUCGCCUUGUACAGAAACCAACUUGCAUUUAGAGCACUGCAGUAAAAUUGCUUUGGAGCGCUCCUAACAUUAGCUUUUGCUUAUGCGGACGGUAGCCACCCAGGUGGAUGUUUCUGGGUGCUGAUUUUCUUUGUCUGUAAAAGUGGUAAUCGCCUGAUUGGUCCAGAAGGACCAAUCACAGGACGGCAGGGUUUCCAAUGCAGCCAAACUGCAUAGUUCUGUUUCGUGCAUAUCGCUGCUGUUUCCAUUUGCCUAAUGAACAUUUAAACCGGGUAUUUAGCAUUUUAAAGAACCGAGCUUAGUAAACAUUGUUCUGGCUUUUUUAUAGUUUACUAAUUUGCACAAAAUUGGGAUUUUGAUAUUAUGAAUUGCAUAAACUCAUAGCAAUGGAAACAUUUCUAGAAACUGUAUAGUAGUUUUAUGUUUUUAAUGAAUAACAAAGUUAACAGACAAUGUACAGUUGAGUCACUUUUCUUGUUUUUAUGUCACAAAAUAAGUGAACUUUACCCUCAGGAAGAAAUAAAAGCUAUUCCUUUUUAAAUUUGGGCCAUGUUUUGACUACCCGAGGACCAUAGUAUUGCAUUAUUUCAUCCAGAACAAAUGACUUAUAUAAAAUAUUUUACAGAAA